AUGUUGAUACCGAUCACAAAGCUAUUAUUUUGUCUACUAAUAUCGAUAAACUGCGUUUUGGCACAAGAGAAAGCCGAGGUCAACAUUCGAGUCUCCGGCGCCUGUAGUCCAAUUUACCUUCAACGAAAGGGGAUUGAUGUCACCAAAUAUCGACCAUCGAUUCGCUUCAAUCCGGAUAAAGUGCAGCUCAUUCCAAAGAAUCCGAUCAUUCCCGGGUGCAUUAAAAUCAAAGCUGAAGGAGUUGAAAUCACAAAACCCGUGAAGAAUCUGGUAGCUGAGAUCGAGAUGCGGAUAGGAGGCACACCCGAUCCAAACAACCCCACCCUGCCAUGCAACAAGAAAAUCGACGAAAAAGUCAAUCAAUGUCCGUGUGCGAAAUUGGAUAAUACAUGUGUGUUCUGUGACUUCUGUCGUCAGCUGAAAUCCCAAACCCAGACUCACAUCACGGCGACAAGACGGCAACCAAGUGGAAGAAAAAGCAUUGAUGAUGAUUGUAAAUGUGAUGAGAUGCAACCCGGAUUGUACGACAUUGAGACCGAGAUGUGCACCCCGGAGAUCGAUGACGCGAAAGAGUAUAUUCCGCCAGAGAUACAGAACAGUGUUCUUGAUAAGAGACCGAUCUCAAUGUUCAUCACAGUCUAUUUGAUGGAUUUGGAGCAACGGGGUACAAAGGAAAGCUAUUUGUCCGCGUUUGGAAAAGCGAUUUUGCAGAGACGGAUGGCUCAAUCGACAGUCGCGUGUUUCUUGCUGGGAAUCGACGUGAAGCUUGCAUUUCCCUCGUUGAAUCUU